GAAGUCGCUGGAUAUACAACCUUAUCAACUAUAACUCAAGAAAUAUGCCAUCAAACACUAUUGAAAAGGGAUCUCAUGUUCUCGUUACUGGUGUGACUGGAUUUAUUGCAACACAUGUUGCAAACCAGCUGUUGAAAGCUGGAUACAGGGUGACUGGAACUGCUAGAAGCCAAGCUAAAGCUGAUGCUGUCCAGACUCUUUUUGCUGACUAUGGAAGCGAUAAGUUCAAAAUUCUUAUCACUGGAGACUUGGAAAAAGAAGGAGCUUUUGAUGAAGCUGUCAAAGAUGUUGAUGCUAUUGCUCAUACGGCUUCGCCAGUGACUUUUAACCCUGAAGAUCCAAUCAGAGAUGUCGUCAAUCCAGCUAUCAAUGGAACAAUCAGUCUUUUGCAUUCCGCACACAAAUACGGCAAGAAUGUCAAGCAUGUCGUUAUCACUUCCAGCGUUGUUUCAGUUGCCAGCCGAGAUAUUGAUCAUCCCUAUACCUUCACUGAGAAAGAUUGGAAUGAGGGAGCUUACGAAAAGAUUCGUCACUGGAAAAAAGGAGAUCCUGUAGAUGGCUCUAUCUCUUAUGCAGCAAGCAAAACCGAAGCCGAGAAAGCGUUGUGGAAAUUCCAAAAAGACGAGUCUCCAAAAUUCACCAUAAAUGCAAUCUUACCUGCUGUAUGUAUCGGCAGAAUCAUUCCCGCACCUAAGUCAGCUGCGGAGGUGUCGGGAUCCCCUGGCAUAAUUGCUGUGUUUUACACUGGAAAGGUAGAUUUGACAGCUGGCAACGGCCAAAUGCCUUACGUCAAUGUAGAGGAUGUCGCUCUGGCACAUGUUCGUGCUAUUGAAAGAGGGUCUGAGACAAGUGGCGAACGUUUCAUCUUGUCGGCAGAUACUUAUGAUCCUCAACAAAUUGUUGAUAUUCUGCGUAAACAUUAUCCAGAACGCAAGGAAAUUAUUCCUGAAGGCACCCCUGGAAAAUAUCCACCUCAUGAUCAAACUUUUGAUGGCUCCAAGGCUACCAAGGCUUUAGGUAUUCAAUACAAGGACCUCGAAACAUCGUUGGUUGAGUUUUCGGAUAGCGUUAAACAUGUUUUUGACUUGUAAAUAUUGUAAUAAAUCCAUAGUGCAUGCCCAGAAGGACAGCAUGCAUUUUGUUCAUGAGAUAU